UUUCUCUUGUCUCCCUUCAAACACUGUUUCCUCCUCCAUCUACUUUUAUUUCUUGAUAAAUCUAAAAAAGCACUGUGUCUUUUUGCACACACUACCUCCUUUGAUCACUUUCUUCUUCUGCAUCAUGACAAAUAAUCCUUACUACUUGAACAACAAUGGUUAUUGGUUCGACCUUAAUUCUCCAAGCAGCACCUAUGUUUUUGGUUCCAAUCACGAGUCUCCACCGAGAAGAGAAGCGCUUCCUCUCCUGAAUAAGCUAAGCCCUAGCAGGAGUACGAGUAGUAGGCCUCAAGAUCUGGAAUCUUCGUUUGGUGCCAUGGAAGUGAAGGAGAAGCACAAGAGAGGAGAUGAUGGCGAUGAGAGUGUGACGGUGGCUUUGCACUUAGGGCUUCCAGAAACAAGAAGUAAGAAUAUGACAUGCGAAGAAGAAGUUUCAGCUGCGUCAGUGUCCCAAGAACAAGAAGAAGGAGGAGGAAGAAGUUCUGAUUCGAAUUCGAUGAAUCGAGGUCAAUAUUGGAUCCCAACACCGGCUCAGAUUCUGAUUGGUCCAACACAGUUCUCUUGCCCCCUUUGUUUCAAGACCUUCAACAGAUACAACAACAUGCAGAUGCAUAUGUGGGGGCAUGGAUCACAAUAUAGGAAGGGGCCAGAAUCACUAAGGGGAACACAACCAACAGCAAUGCUUAGGCUUCCAUGCUACUGCUGUGCACCAGGGUGUAAGAACAACAUUGAUCAUCCAAGAGCCAAGCCUCUCAAAGAUUUCAGAACCCUCCAAACACACUACAAGAGGAAGCAUGGAAUCAAGCCUUUCAUGUGCAGGAAGUGUUGCAAGGCCUUUGCUGUGAGAGGUGAUUGGAGGACUCAUGAGAAGAACUGUGGCAAGCUUUGGUAUUGUUCUUGUGGCUCUGAUUUCAAGCAUAAGAGGUCUCUCAAGGAUCAUAUCAAGGCCUUUGGGAAUGGUCACAAGGCUUAUGGCAUUGAUUCUCUUGAUCAAGAUGAUAAUGAACCUGGCUCUGAAAUUGACCAAGAAAAUGAUCAUCUUUCUAAUUCUACUACUCAUCAUCAUCAUACUUGAUUAAUCAAUUUCAUUUCCCUUAUGCUUCAACUACUACAUUUUGGACUCGAUUAUAAUUACUAAUCAAUUUCCGAAUCCCUAGCUCUCACUCUUGCCAAAUACAUUUCU